UGCGACGUUAGUUGUCAAAAAAGCGUGUUGAGAAUGGCUGAUGAACAGAAGGUACUGAAUGAAAACGGCGAAGUACAGCCUCCAAAAUCAGCAAAACAACUAGAAAAGGAAGCAAAGAAACAGGCAAAAUUGGAAAAACUGAAACUAAAAUUAGAAAAACAAAAUAACGCACCCGUUAAGAAAGAAGUUGAGAAAAAAGAAAAGAAAAAGGACGUAAAAGAAGCGGCAACUUAUGAGAUAUUAACGCCUGAAGGUGAAAAAAAAGUUGUCGAUAAUCCUAUUCCAGAUGCUUAUAGCCCCAAGUAUGUUGAAGCUGUUUGGUAUUCAUGGUGGGAAAAGCAAGGAUUUUUUAAACCUGAAUAUAAUGGAUUAUCAAUUUCUGAUGAAAACCCAGAAAAUAUUUAUACUAUUAUUAUUCCACCACCAAAUGUAACAGGAUCAUUGCAUUUAGGUCACGCUUUAGCCAAUUCAAUUCAGGAUUCUUUAAUAAGAUGGAAUCGAAUGAAUGGCAAAAUGACUUUAUGGAAUCCAGGAUGUGAUCAUGCUGGUAUUGCAACUCAAGUAGUUGUUGAAAAAAAGUUAUGGCGGGAGGAGAAAAGAACUAGACAUGAUUUGGGAAGGGAGAAGUUUAUUGAUAAAAUUUGGGAAUGGAAAAACCAAAAAGGUGUAAGAAUUUAUCAUCAAUUAAAACAAAUGGGAGCCUCAUAUGAUUGGGAUAGAGCUGCAUUUACGAUGGACCCAAAGCUUUGUACAGCUGUAACAGAAGCAUUUGUAAGAUUACAUGAUGAUGGCAUCAUUUAUAGAUCAAAUCGCUUAGUAAAUUGGUCUUGUACCCUAAAAUCUGCUAUCUCAGAUAUUGAAGUCGACAAAGUUGAAUUACCUGGUCGUACUUUUUUAUCUGUGCCUGGAUACGACGAAAAAAUAGAAUUUGGAGUCUUAACUUUAUUUGCGUAUCUGGUUGAGGGCUCGGACGAGAAAAUUGUUGUCGCAACAACUCGUGUUGAAACCAUGUUGGGAGAUACCGCUGUAGCGGUCCAUCCAGAAGAUGAAAGAUAUAAACAUUUACACGGAAAGUUUGUGAUACAUCCGUUUUGCAAUCGGAAACUACCAAUCGUUACCGAUGAAUUUGUCGAGCGAGAAUUUGGAACUGGUGCUGUUAAAAUCACACCAGCACAUGAUCCAAAUGAUUACGAGGUCGGAUUAAGACUUAACUUACCAUUUAUCACCAUUUUUGAUGAAAGUGGUAUUGUUAUUGGUGAUUAUGGAGAGUUUUCGGGAAUGAAACGUUUUCAUGCAAGAAAAUCAAUAACGGAAGCUUUAAAACAAAGGGGACUUUAUAUUGAGACAAAAACCCAUGCCAUGGUGGUUCCAAUCUGUAACCGAAGCAAAGAUAUUGUAGAACCAAUGUUAAAACCUCAAUGGUAUGUAAAAUGUUCUGAAAUGGCGAAUAAUGCUGUGGAGGCAGUAAAAAAUGGAGAUCUUAAAAUUGUACCUGAGAUGCAUGUAAAAACUUGGUAUCAUUGGAUGGAAGGAAUCCGUGAUUGGUGUAUUUCAAGACAAUUGUGGUGGGGACAUAGAAUACCAGCUUAUUUUGUUACAAUUGAUGGACAACCUAAAGGCAAUGAUACAGAUGACAAAUAUUGGAUAUCAGCAAGAACACAAGACGAAGCCAUGUUAAAAGCAUCAAAAAAAUUCAACGUCCCCCAAUCUUCAAUAAAACUCCGUCAAGAUGAAGACGUUUUGGAUACGUGGUUCUCAUCAGGUUUAUUUCCGUUUUCAAUUUUUGGUUGGCCAGAAAAUACACCGGAUCUACAAGCUUUUUAUCCGUCGUCAGUUUUAGAAACUGGUCACGAUAUUUUAUUCUUUUGGGUGGCUCGAAUGGUGUUUUUCGGACAAAAAUUAUUAGGAAAGUUACCUUUUAAAGAAGUUUAUCUUCAUCCGAUCGUAAGAGAUGCGCACGGUCGUAAAAUGAGUAAAUCUCUAGGAAACGUAAUCGAUCCGAUGGAUGUGAUUAUGGGGAUUUCUUUGGAGGAUCUUCAUCAACAAUUAUACGACGGAAAUUUGGAUCCAAAAGAAAUUGAGAAAGCUAAAAUAGGACAAAAGCAAGAUUAUCCUGAGGGUAUUCCUGAAUGUGGUACCGAUGCUUUAAGAUUUGCUUUAUGCGCAAUUUGCUCAGGACGCGAUAUAAAUUUGGAUAUUUUAAGAGUACAGGGUUAUAGAUUCUUUUGUAAUAAAAUAUGGAACGCAACUCGUUUUGCUUUAACUUAUUUCCCGAAAGAUUUUCAAGGACCGAAUCAUUUUGAUUUAAUUGGAAACGAAAAAGUAAUGGAUUUAUGGAUGUUAAGCAAACUUGGAACAGCCAUUCAAACAUCCAAUAAAGGCUUUAAAGAGUACGAUUUUCCAGCAAUAACAACAGCGAUUUAUAAUGUAUGGUUGUAUGAUUUGUGCGACGUUUAUUUAGAGUACUUAAAACCAAUUUUCGCCACUGGAAACGAAACUGAGAUUAAAGUGGCCCAAAUAACUUUAUAUCGCGCUUUAGAUGUUUGCUUACGAUUAUUAUCCCCUUUUAUGCCAUUUAUUACAGAAGAAUUAUAUCAACGUUUACCACAUUCCAUUGAAAGGAAAUCAAAAAUUCCAAGUAUUUGUGUAGCUCCUUAUCCAAACAAUGAAAUAAUAUGGAGAAACGAAAACAUAGAAACCGAAGUAGAUUUUAUCCAAAAAAUUGGUAAAGCUAUUCGUUCCGCUAGAAGCGAUUACAAUUUACCUAAUAAGACCAAAACAGAAGCUUAUAUUAUGUGCGGAGAUGCGAUAACAGAAAUGAUUGUUAAGAAAUAUGUAAGUGCGCUUGAAACGUUAUCUUAUUCGUCGAAAAUUGAAAUAAAUUGUAUCGCACCUGAAGCAAGUUGUACAAUUAUAACUGUUUCUGAUAAAUGUGAAGUGCAUUUAUUGUUGAAAGGCUUAAUUGAUCCUGAAAAAGAAAUGGCGAAAAUGACGAAGAAAAUUGAGGUUCUUGAAACUUCAAAAACUAAACUAAAUCAAACCAUAAAUGCUGGUGAUUAUACCGUUAAAGUACCGCAAGAGAUUCAACAAAGAGAUUCAGAAAGAUUAGCACAAAUUACCGUGGAAUUAUCUAGAUUAGAAGCUGCUAUUGAAGUAUUAAAAGUUAUGGUUUAAUUAUUUAAAAUUUCGCUUCAAGUUGAAUAGCUAAUAAUACAUAAAAUUUUAUUGCUUUGAAAUUUGC